AUGGCGACCUCAAGGCACGACGCUGAUAAAGAGAAUACACAUAAAACAAGAAUACCGUUGCCAAAGGAUCCAUUACCAGCAUUGCCGAGCCAUUUAUUAGAGGAUAGUAAAAAGAAUCUGGAAAUUCCAAAAAGAUGUCCUUUGAGAACUUUGCUCGCUCAAAAUAUACCCAAGCCUGGCCCUAGUAAAGUGGUGCCCCUAAAACCUCGCAUACCUCUAAAGAUUGAUACUAAACAUGUUACAUUAAGGCAGAGAAGUGAAGACUUGGAUUGGCAUUACACAGUGUUCAAGGACAGAACUGAGGAUAAAGAUGCAAGUGUUAUAUCAAUUAGUGAUGAUGAAAAGUAUUUGGAUGAUAAGAAAAGCCGAAAAUAUUUUGUAGACAAUAUAAAGAAAAACACGCUGGGAGUGAACGCUGCGACGCCAAAUCUGCAGGAAUGUCUGGAGUCAAAUCGUAUUAAGAAUAUCAAAAGGAGUUUGAAAAGACCUCAUAGUCGGGAGUUGCAGGGCUUGUCACCGCCUGCCCCCUCUAAACAAGGAAAGGAUGAGGAAAAAGUAAAAAAACGUUUACAAUUUAACGAAAGUUUACAAGAAAGACUCGGGACUCCAGAUUUUUGGAAGAGGUCAUACAUGCGAUGUCUUAACAGGGACUAUUCUGUGGACAUGUUCGAGUAUCUCCUAGCUGUGGAGAGGAAACCUCUGGACGUUCCUCGCACAGCCAGUGUCCCAAGGGCUUGUGUUAUCAACUGGUUAAUGAAAGUCAACUUGUGCUUGAAUACAUUCAUUGACGAGGGUUCAAGCGGCAAUCCGGCCGUCGUUCAAACGGCGUGUUGGUACUUAGACUCGAUUCUUGGAACUGGACACGUGCAGGUGGAAAGGCUGCAACUUGUAGCAGCAGCCUGUUAUUGGAUAGCUCAGAAAUUGAACGGGCCUGUGAUGCCAGCAAUGAGGCUCGUCAGAUACGCCAGUUCUGCUUUCACUAGUGACAAGCUGUUAGCUGCUGAGAAAGCUGUGCUGAUAAGAUUGAAAUUCCCACCGCAACCAGUGGUAGCUCAGGAAUUCAUAAAUUAUUUAGCAUGGUGGUGUGCUGGCGAUGGUGCUGGGGAGAUAGAAGUGGCAGCCACAUUUUUGGCCAUGUGUGGUAUGAUGGUGGACCGUUUCCUAUGCGACGAGUAUCCCUCCGUGAUCGCAGUGGCGGCUGUCAGAAAUGCCGUGCUUUUGCUGAGGAGAAGGGAGUUAUUAGCGCGACUUCACGAGAGUAAUAUAUUUAAGAUUGCAGAGAAAAAAGCAACAAGUUUAACGUACACUUGUGCUCUGUUACGCCGAGCAGUGCGCACCGUGGGUGCUCCAAUGUACGAGUACAAAGCACCUCUAGAACAUUAUGGUACACCACCAAACUACAUCGCACAGAAGAUAAUCAAAGCAUCCAACGAUUUAGCUGCCAUGGAACUAAGAGUUUCCGGCCGAAGUUAA